AUGCUUGUCAUAGCUGGUAUACUCAUCUACACUAUCAUCGCGUUUGGCAUCAGAGUUCCUAGAGCCAAUGAUUCGGCACCGCCCACAGCAGAAGAAGCUGAUCUUUCUCCACCGAUCGCUACGAGCGACAACUCAACUUCGACGUGGAACGGGACCGUUACGACAGGGCGAAAUGCCGCGACUGAUAUGUCGUCGCGAGGGUGUUUUCCCUCUCUUGGUUUUACGAUGCCACAAACCGUCCCUCCUUCCACAAAUGGCUGGUGGUGUAACCUCAACACAGAAUACGCGUUCAUGGGAUUUAGUUAUGAUGUCACAGCGUGUCAAAGUCUUUCCCAGAUGCGGAGGGAGUUCCAAGAUGUGCGGAAAACGUUCAAUGGGCGUUAUAUCCGAAUUUAUGGUGCCUGUGAUCGAACCGGGUUCUACGACGACGUUAUCCAGGCAGCUUGGGAUGCUGGCGUGGGCGUGUACGCUCUGAUUUGGUUCGGUUUCGACGGGUCGGACAUCUACAAGACUCGUCGCGAUACACUCUUUUCCAUCCUUCACUCUAACCCACUAGCUCCCUAUGUCAUCCGUGCUCUCCAAUUCGGCUCUGAACCCCUCUUUGAUUAUGUACUUACGCCCUCUCAGCUUGCUACUGAGGUACGUCAAGCAAAAGAGAAGUUGAAAGGAUUGGGCAUUCCGGUCGUAGUCAGCGAGAUGGCGUACGGUUACCAAGCCCAUACGGGUUCACAGGUGGUGCUUGAUGCGCAGGAUUAUUUGGCGGUACAUAUGUUGCCCUACUUCUCUCAGCAGGCCUCUACUGCUAGUCAAGCAUGGCCAAUCGUGGAGAAUGAUUUGAAUUGGUUCAUAAACAAUGGUGGUGGAAAGAAAAUAGUGCUUACUCAGAAUGGGUGGCCAUCAAUGAAUUACUCGGGGGUCGAAGCAAACAGUCCUCAUGCAGUUUCUGAUGUAGCGAACGAACGGGCACGUGAUUACGCGCUUCUCCUUGACGAUCACUGUACAGACCUCAAACAAGUAUCGCCUGGUGGUGUAGGCUGGUUCUGGCACAUUUACUCGGAUUCGCAGCUUCCGGGAUAUGGCGUAUACAACACCAAAGGAACGCCAAAAUUCGAGUUUCGACCACGGACGGAGUGUUGA